ACGUGUCCCCAUUGCGAAAAGCUUGCUUUCCCUACUCACGACAUAUUCAUCUUUCAUCUACCCACUGAAAUUCUGAAGCUCGAAUUACCUGAGUUGCCCUGCACCAAACGUCCACCAGGCUGAAAUACCGAACGGCUCUCAAUCUCCAUCGAUCCUUCUGUAUCCGGAGGGAAGAUCCUGAAUUUUGGAGAUGCAACAGGGAGAUUUCAGCAGCGCUCCUUAUUACCACCAAUACCAUCAACCUCAUCUUCAAAACCUUAACCCUAACCCUAACGAUCUCCAGCCUAAUUCCCUAAAUCCGACCUGUGCUUCUGCUCCCCCUUUCUCUGCCAAUUGUUCUGCGCCAGAUUACUCAGGCUUUUCAUCUGAGUAUCCUCCGUAUUCACAGAAUUCCGAACCUGUCCCCAACAUCCCCCCUUCUGCUCCUUCUUACGCACAAAACCCUAACUUCCAAUCCUUUACUCCCUUUUCUGAAUCUUCUACCUUCCCAUCUUUUCCACAUACGCAAGAGCCACAGGCGUCAUUCACACCUCCGAUCCAGCAACCGGCUUAUUAUCCGCCAUACGAUCAGCAUCAGACGCCUUCAAAUUAUACUCCUUCCCCUUCAAUUCCUCCUAAUCCUAAUCCUAAUCCCAAUCUCAGUUCAUCAUUCCCUGCGCCCUAUUCAUAUGGUCAAAUUGGUUCUUCGGUGCCACCCCCACCGCCCGUAUAUGAAAAUCUUUACGAGAGUAGCGUGAAAUUUGAUCAUGGGGGAGGUUACCUCGAUGAUAAUUCUGGUAGAUAUGGAGGUGCAGGCGUAUACGGCCGAAACCGUUCCGAUUUGGGGACAGAUUUCUACGAGAAUAGAACGGAGCCUCGUUAUGAUCGGGAUGGGCUUCGUGACGAUGGCCUUGGAGACGGUGUUUAUGCCUAUAAUGGGGGAAAGGUCGAGCCAUACAGUGCUCGAGGCACUGCCUCCAAGUCGUCUAUGUUGUUGGCUUUCGAUGAUUAUGGUAGGUCGAUCAACUUCUCAUCUGGGAAGGAACAGGCGGCUUCUACUAAGAUUGUGAGAGCUGUUCCAAAGGCGGAGACGCAGCAAGACGUGAAGAAUGGCGUUCUGAAAUUCAGGGUCAAGCUUUUGCCAGAAGGUGGAAGUCCGGGCACCACGGAUGUUCUUUGCCAGAUUGGUUUGGAUGGUAUUCAUAUGCUUGACCCAAGUUCAAGUCGGACAUUGAGGAUAUACCCACUUGAGACAGUGACAAGAUGGGAGGUUAUCGAUUCGUCUAUUUUUACUUUUUGGUCCAAAAGCUCAGUUGACAUUGAACCAAGACGCAUAAGGCUACAAUCAAACAGCUACACGACCAAUACCAUUCUUGACAAUGUGACAGCUGCAACUGUUCAGCUUAAGGAGAUGGGUGGACAAAGCAAACCCUCUGAACCUGUGAAGUUUGCUGAACAGUCUACUGAGAAAAAGAAAGGUUUUUCUGAUUGGAUGAACUUGAUAAAGCCUGGCAAUGAGGAAAAAGAUCAUUGGGUUCCUGAUGAAGCAGUUAGUAAGUGUACAGCUUGUAGGACAGAUUUUGGAGCUUUUGUGCGGAGGCACCAUUGCAGGAAUUGUGGGGAUAUUUUCUGUGACAAGUGUACCCAUGGAAGAAUUGCUCUCACUGCAGAUGAGCAAGCUCAGCCAGUACGAGUUUGUGACCAAUGCAUGGCAGAAGUGACUCAAAGGCUAAGUACUGCAAGAGAAGCUGCCAGCAAACCUGUUGGGUUGCAUAGCCAUGAGGAUCUUGCCCGGAAGCUUCAGGAGGAGAUGGACAAAAAUCGUAGGGUAUCAUCAGGUUCAAAGUCAGAUGGAUCCGGGAAGCGGAUGAGAGAAGUUGCCUGUCCCACUUGCACUGUCCAUCUCCAGGUUCAGGUUCCAAGCUCUGGUUCCGAGACCAUAGAAUGUGGAGUCUGCCAGCAUCCAUUUCUUGUGAGUGCUCAUUGAUCCCCAGUUUGAGCACCGUCACAUCAUGAUCCCAGCGGCAGUUUGUUUUGUUGAUACAAAAAGUAAUUUUUCUUCUUAAUUCCCUCUGUUCUUCAGUAUGGUUCUGCUGUCAAUAAGCAUCUAGAUUCAUGGAGUUUGUAUAUAUGAUCACCACCUGUUGAUUCCGAAUGCGUGUUGUCCAAAUUGAAUUCUUUAGUUCCCUUGUGUAUCUGAAUGUAAUGCGAGAGCAUCAUACACGAUGUUUUUUAUAACAGUCAAUCUGUUGGUAUGCUGUUUGUGUUUAUUUA